AUGACAGUGCUGUGUGGCGAAGCUUUAUGGCAACAGCGCGACAAGGAAUAUUUCCUCGACAUCGCUGGUGAUGGGUUUGCAGUGGCUUCUUCUGGUAAAGAGGCAGAUCCUGCAGAGGCAGCUGAAUUGGUGGAGCUGCUGCAAGGAGGAAGUUGGCGUUCUUGCAACAACAUCAACGACUGUCUAGCAGAGUGCGUUGCCACAGGAUGCAGCUGCAGCCGGUCAAUGAAUCCCAUUGCUCGCGACGGCUUCUUAAGGAUGGCCGUGGAUCGUCUCCGCAGCAACGGCCUUGGCCAGGCCGAGGUUUCCUAUGCCUCCUUGGGGAGUGGACUCUUGCGCUUCGACUUUUGCUUGUUGGAGCUCCUGCUUGCAGAAGGAGUGCCAGUAUCAGCUGUUCACCUCGUGGACUCUCAAUAUGAUCCGGAUGCCAAGGGCUACCUGCGCCACCGCGUGGCACUCGCCCAGUUCGCUUCCUGGUUUACCGGCCGGGGCGUGGAUGUUUAUGCGCACUACUCCCUUGAGAGAUAUGCCUUUGAGGCUCGGCGCUCUGCUGCACUUCCAGCAGCAGUGGUGCAGGUUGACUGCACAGAGCUCACAGCUGUCUUCGAAAAGGAGGUGAAACCAAUGUUGGAAGAAGUGUUGCAGUACGGGGGCCUGUACUGCACCCUGACUUCACGAGAGGGCGCCUCUGGCGCAGGAUCCCUGGGAUCAACGAAUGCUUGGGCAGAGUUCUGGCGAUUGCAUCCGGACACUGGUCGCAUGAAGCUGGAGUCAUUGACCUGCUUCAGGCCUGGUGAUCGAAGUGGGACGCAGGUGGACGUCAACGAGCCCUUGCCUCGCGCGGUUGAUCACUGA